CCGUGUCCCCACGUCGCACGAACGAGGGGGCCACCAGCUACCGAACAGCGAGGCAGCGUGUCGGGCUGCCUUCUCUCGUGUGCGUGCUUCCCAUUAGCAUGCUUAUCGAUAAGCUUGAGGUCACGUAGACACUCUGGCACCACGGUGGAGAUUUUUGUGACCAAGCCCUAACACUUCUAACUAGUUAAUGGUGGAAUUUACCAAGAAAGAAUGUUCUCGUUAAUUUUGGCUCUUAAAGCUGGGCAAGGAUCAAGUUUCUAACCCUCCCAUUGUUGCAGACUGAUUAAUUAUGUAAUCUUGAAGGAGCCACUGAUCUCUGGAUUUGUUUUCUCCUUUAUAAAAUGGAGUGGGACUAGAUAUCUGAUGAUAUUUAUUAUCCGGUAAUGAUAUUAUCAUUAAUUCGGAAAGUUCAUGAUACUGUGGGGCGGAGAAGGUACACGCUUUUCAGAAGCUCUUCCCUUGACGUGACUCAUAGUGGCUUAGGGUGCAGUCACUUGAGAUAAAACUGUAGGCUGUAGAUAGCUAGCUGUGAUAAUUAAAGAGUUGUUAGUAUGAUAUAAAUUAUGUUCUGCCAGGGUACAGGUGUUGUGAAAGAAGAAAAUUCUGGAAGGGAUCCGCAGCAUUUCAAACCCCUUGUGCCAUUACUGCAACUUACACUGUCCUGAUGAAAAGGCUGGAUAGAAACUUCCUGCUUGGGGGUGGCCUGGGUGGCCCAGUCGGUUAAGCAUUCGACUUUGGCUCAGGCCCUGAUCUCGUGGUUCCUGAGUUUGAGCCCCACGUCAGGCUCUGAGCUGACAGCUCAGAGCCUCCCUCCCUCUCUCUGCCCCUCCCCCCCUCAAAAAUAAACAUUUAAAAAUUUAAAAAGAAAGAAAGAAGGGAGGGAGGAAGGAACUUCUUGCAUGCCUGCCUUGAGGCCAGAUUGGAAAGCGAGCACGGAAACUGCCUCCUAGUUUCCGAAGCGUCUUAGCCCCCACUCAGCCUCGGAAACAUCACAGCUUUGUUUCCCGUAUCCUCACUUUCCACUCGACAGCAACUUUAUUCUUCUCGACUAAUUUAAUGCAGGUGUAGAUCCUUAGAUACAUAUUUUGGAUUUCUUGCUUUCUAGUCUUAAAAUUAGGCCCCAUUUCCUAGAUGACUUUAAUAACUACUGUUUCUCUCCAUUCCUGUGGAUUUUGGACCCUUGUCUUCAGAAGCUGGACCCUUCCCUAAACACUAAAACUAAAAGGGCCAAUUCAAAUUCUUCCACCGGUUUCAAAGGGAAUUGGAGCAAGAAUAACCACUUACAGAGUAUCUUCUGCAUGAAAGGGCCCUUUAGACACUUUGCAGGGUGGUCUCAUUUAAUCCUAAAAAUAACCCUGCAAGGAGUGCAUUAUUAUGUCUGUUUUAAGGUGAGGACACAACUCAGAUAUAGUAUCUUGCCCAGCAACAGGUUUGUUCCCCGUAUUCUGUAUCUCUAUGUUCUGGACAGACUGAGGUCACAGGACUCCCCUUGAAUUCCAGGAUAUUCGUGGUUCCCUUUCCCCCGUAAAUAAUAAACACAGGCCGAGUUCCCCAGUGCCUCGUCUCCUCCUGAUCCCGGGGUAUUAAGUGUGCUCAUUUCCCUCUUAUCUGUCCUUCAACCCCCAGCUUAAAUGUCCUCUUAAAGAGAUACUUCACUUACUAUUCUCUGAUCUCGUCAGUCUGAAAUUUUGUUGUGUUUACGUACAGUGGUGUAUCGAGCAAUGGAUUGUUCUCGUUUAUAUUCAUAUGCUCCCUCCCACUAGCUGGAGAUUCGAGGACAGGGCUCAGUGGGUCGUGACUGGUGUGAGUCUCUCUAGAAUCACGGUGCGUGGCUCAGUGCUGUGCUUUGGCAGACAUUCGCAGAUCAAUCAGACUCCCAAACAUACCUUCCCCAUAAACUUCAGAAGAGAUGUUUACGUACACUCUAACUCUGACUUUCUGUUGCUUUUGUCUCUGCGGUGGGAGAAUUCAGGGGAUGUGACACGACGAUCGAACCCGACAGGGCCGAGCGGCGCCUCUCCGGACUCAGCAUGCUACAACGUAAGGGUCAUUCAUCUAAACAAGAUAACUUAGCAGUCACUGCAGUUGCUUUACAAGAUCACAUUUUACAUGACCUUCAACUUCGAAAUCUUUCAAUAGCAGAUCCUUCCAAGACAAAGGCACAACAGAGAGACACCAGAUCCAGGUCUCUAAAAAGAAAUACAAAAGCAGUAAUAGAUACUGGCCUUAAAACAAUGGUACAAGGCCCUAAAGUGGAAGAUCCAGAAAAAGAAUAUGUUCUUGAUCCAAAACCACCACCACUAACUUUAGCUCAGAAGUUGGGCCUGUUUGAACCUCCCCCAUUGCCACUAUCAUCAGAGGAAUGGGAAAAAGUGAAACAAAGAUCCAUCAUGCAAGGGGACUCAACGCAGCCAUGCCCAAUAUGCAAAGAAGAAUUUGAACUUCGCCCCCAGGUGCUGCUUUCAUGUUCGCAUGUGUUUCACAGAGCAUGCCUCCAGGCUUUUGAAAAAUUCGCAAAUAAAAAAACCUGCCCCCUCUGUAGAAAGAAUCAGUACCAAACCAGAGUGAUUCACGACGGAGCGCGGCUGUUCAAAGUAAAGUGUGCGACAAGGAUCCAGGCCUCCUGGAGGGGACACGUGGUUAGGAAGUGGUACCGAGACCUGAGGAGAACAGUGCCGCCCACGGACGCCAAGUUGAGGAGAAAAUUCUUUGAAGGAAAGGUCGUUGGUCCAGGCGACAUAGUUACGGGUGUGUGCGAAAGAAAAUUGGGACCUUGGCUGACUGUGAUGGCAUUAUGUCUCGGAUUUAAUCAAGAAAACACAGCUGAUUUGUGCUCAGGAGCAGGACAACACCAAAUGCAACGUCCAUUCUGGCAGGUGCGAAGUGAUGUCUCACUGCAGUUUCGGUUUGCAUUUCCCUGACGGUGAUGAUGAGCAUCUUCCGUUUCUGUUGGCCGUCAGCAUGUCUUCCUCGGAGAAAUGUCUGUUCAUGUCUUGUGCCGUCUUUUGACUGGAUUAUUCGGGGUUUUUUGGUGUUGACUUAUGUAAGUUCUCCAUAUAUUUUGGACACUAGCCCUUUAUCAGAUAAGCCAUUUGCAAAUAUCUUCUGCCAUUUGUAGGUUGUUUUCUAGUUUUGCUGUUUCUUUCGCCAUGCAGAACCUUUUUAUUUUGAUGUCGUCGCAAUAGUUUAUUUUUGCUUUUGUUUCCUUUGCCUCAGGAGACAUAUCUAGAAAAACAUCGCUACAGCCGAUGACAGAGACAUUGCUGCCUAUGUUCUCCUCUAGGAUUUUUAUGGUUUCAGGUCUUAUAUUUAGGUCUUUAAUCCAUUUUGUUUUUGUUUUUUUACGUUUUACUUAUUUUUGAGAGAGACAGCGUGAGCCAGGUAGGGGCAGCAGGGUGGGGGUGGGGGUGGCGGGCAGAGGAUCCAGAGCGGGCUCCAAGCUGACAGCAGAGAGCACACUGCGGGGCUCAAACUCACAAACCAUGAGGUCAUGACCUGAGCUGAAGUUGGAUGCUCAACCAACUGAGCCCCGCCGGUGCCCCGGUUUUCAAUCCAUUUUGAAUUCAUUUUCAUGUAUGGUGUAAGAAAGCGGUCCCGUUUCAUUCUUUCGCACGUGGCUGUCCAGUUUUCCCAGCACCACUUGCUGAAGGGACUUUUUCCUAUGGAACAUUCUUUCCUCUUUUCUUGAAGAUUAAUUGGCCUCACGAUUGUGGGUUUUCCUCAGUCUGGAUUUUCCAUUCUGUCGCACUGACCGUGUGUCUGCGUCUGCACCGGCCCCGGACUGUGGUCACGACUACAGCUUUGUUAUGUCACUUGAAGUCACACGGUUGCGGUGCAUCCAACUUUGCUUUUCUUUUUCAAAAUUGCUUUGGCUGUUCGGGAUCUCUUGCGGUUCCAUAUACAUUUUAGGAUUGCCAGACCUCAUUUUAAAUAAAUGAAAUGUGCAUUUAC